AUGGCGACUCAGCAUGAACUGGUGGAUGAGACAGAGUCUUCUGUGACUAUGGCGCGAGCUUCCGGGGAAAGACAAUUCGAGGAAGGAGAGAAGCAUGCCAAGGCCUGUCCAGAUGACGAGUUUCCCGAAGGAGGAUGGAGAGCUUGGAGUGUAGCCAUCGGCAAUGCCGGUGUGAUGUUCUGUACUCUUGGCCAUGUGAAUACUUGGGGUGUUUACCAAGCGUACUACGCGGUUAACCAGCUCCAUGAUCACUCUCCCUCGGCGAUUGCCUGGAUCGGGUCACUGCAGUCAUUUUCCAUCUUCGCUGCCGGACUGGUCGGAGGCCCGUUAUUUGAUCGGUAUGGAGCAAAGGUGAUCAUUCCCUCUGCGAUAGUGUACCUGUUCAGUAUCUUCAUGACCAGCCUGUGCAAGGAAUACUGGCAGUUCAUGCUCGCCCAAGGAGUCCUGGGAGGACUCGCCAACGGAUUCACCAUGGCCCCAUCCAUGGCCGCAACACCGCAGUACUUCAAAGAAAAGCGAGGCGCCGCCAUGGGCGUCGCCAUCGCCGGCUCAUCACUGGGAGGCGUCAUCCUGCCUAUCGCCGUCAACCGAUUCCUCACACGCACCAACCUAGGCUUCGGCUGGUCCGUCCGCAUCAUCGCGUUCCUAAUCAUGGGCGUCCUACUCCCCUCCUGCCUAGCGAUCAAGGCGCGUCUGCCCCCGCGGAAGAGCCACUUCCUCCUCCCGGUCGCCUUCAAGGAACCCGCCUACGCCCUGCUCGUCGCGUGCAUGUUCUUCCUGUUCCUGAGCAUGUUCCCGCUCCUCUUCCUCAUCCCCAGCUACGCCCUCUCCCAGGGAAUGAGCACCUCGCUCGCCUUCUACACCCAGUCCAUCCUCAACGCCGCCUCGUUCCCCGGCCGCGUCGUCCCAGCCAUCCUCUCCGACAAGCUCGGGAGGCAGAACGUCCUCGCCGCGGCGGGCAUCAGCAGCGGGAUCCUGGCGCUGUGCUGGCAGCGCGUGCAGGGCAACGCGGGGAUCCUCGUCUUCGCUGCGGUGUACGGGUUCUGCUCCGGAGCGAUCAUCUCGGGGACGUCGGUAAGUCUGGCGUCGGUGCCCAAGGAUCCGAAGAACAUCGGCACGUAUAUGGGGAUGGGGAUGGGGGUGGGGUCUCUUGCGGCUUUGAUCGGGCCGCCGAUCAGCGGUGCCUUGGUGGAUCGGUAUCAUGGGUUUUCUCAGAUGGCUGAUUUCUGUGGCGUCAUUUGUCUGUUUGGUGGGGGGUUGGCGCUUGUCGUUAAGGUUGUGUCUGGGAAUUCCCUGCUUUCGAAGUCGUAG